GAUCGAGAGCGGCCUCCAACUCCGCCGCGAGAAGGAAGCCACCCCACCCCCCCGUUUGGUGUCGCGCACCGCCCCAUCCAUCGUCCCUCAUCGCCGAUCGGCUCAGCGGCCGUUGAUCGGCCAUGCGGAUCCGGAAAUGCGCCGCCCGGCUGCUGGGGACGCCGCCCGUCUGCUCUUCUCCCCCGCUUCCCGCCGGCCUCGCCUCGUCUCCCUCGCCGCCGCCCCAGCCGCGAUCGUGGGAGUCCGAGACAUCCUCUGCCGCCGCCACCUCCUCCUCCGUCGGGCUCCUCUGUGAGCUGAACCGCUCCCCCUGGGAUGAUUUGUUGUGCCUCGACCUCAUGGCUUCUUGUGAUCAGGAAGAGGAGGAGGAAGACGGGGGCAGCUUGGGAAAUGGCGUAAAAGACGAAGUCGAAGAAUCCAAGGGCAUUAUGGGGAAUCGCAUCAAAUAUGAGGCUGCUGCUGUAGCUUCUCUCCCUGACAGAGGAUUGGAGCUGUCGAUUCUCAUGGCACAGAGCGAAAUAUCUUUCAGCAGCGAAGCGAGCAUGAACCGGUUAGACGGCAAGGCAGAAGGGAAAGCACGGAAGAAGGUCACGGCGAAGGUGAAGAGGAAGAAGAAAGACAAGGUUAUCAACACCAGUGGAGGAACUGCUGCAGUUAUGAAGGGCAGUGCGAACUGCAAGAAGAGCGACGGCAAAGGUUGGCACUGUAAGCGGACUGCGCAGCACCCGCACUCCCUCUGCCGCUACCAUCUCUCCCAGCUUCGCUCUUACAGCUGCACCCAUAGCAAUGGAAAGGUCGCGGAAUCGGUGAAGGAAGGCGCUGUCGGCGUCGCUGGUAGAAAGAGGAAGACCGACAUAGCUGGUGUUGAUUCCAACUUCUAUUACUACUACUCCGGGUUCGGUCCCUGGCGAGGAAAGAUGAGAGGCGGUAGCAGUGACAACGGCGAUCAGUGUGACCAUAAUGCUUCCGACGAAGACGACGGGAACGAGUAUUCGGAGUCCGGGAACGGGUAUGACGCUGCGGUGGCAGGCGACGACCAGGACAGCGACGACGAAGACUGCUUUAACGACGGCGGCAGUGAGGGGAAUAAGAGGAGUUGCAGGAAGAGGGGGAGGAGGAAGAUGAAAGCUCGGUCCCUCAAGUCGUUGCUUUGAUGUACGUCUUGACGUUGUUUCGUUGAACCGUGUUUCCUCGAGAUAUGGAUUAAGAAUCUUUUUGCA